CAAAAAAGGAACAGUAAAGGUAGACAACUGUAAUUAGCAUGUGUGAUCCCAAAUCUUUAUACCUUAGAUACUGGAUAUUUUCUACAAGUAAAUAGUUUCUGGCUCCCAAGAUGAGAGGUUAAAUAAUGCAGGGUAUUUGUAAACAGCAGCACAACUUACACCGGAAAUUAGGGCACUUUCUCACCAAGGAGAGUACAUGAAAAUUUGCUCAGCUCUUUUAAUCAAUAUUCUCCAGGACUAGUGCUGGGGGCGGGGACGCGGAGCAACCUAUCUUUUCUACCAGCCGUAUCACACCCCUCCUAGCACUAACCCCUCCUCCUCAGCCUCUUCACACCUCUACCCACUACUAACCCCUCCCCAGCCCCAUCACCUCUUCCCGGGCCCCUGACACCUCUCCCAGCAUACUCUUCCCUGCCUCAUCACCUCACCCACUUCCUCCAAAAUCACAAGACCUGCUAAGCUUCCAGCAGCAAGCGAGCAAAGCAGAGAGGCUGUAAUGCAAAAGUCCGCAGUCCCUACACAAACACUAUCUGCUCCUGCGGAGAAACUCAAGCCACAGCCCCAGAGUGGAAAGAACAGGCCCGGGCUCUCACCCAGUUAACAAGCGUUUAUCCAGCGCACUUACUGCGGUCGGACCCCAUGCGAAGGAGCUAAGGAUACAAAGAUUCCUUUCUUAUCUAUUAGAAACGUAUGUCAAACGAGGAUACAGUGGUCUGGAAUUAUUGGUUCUAAGAUACAAGUGGAAUGAACCUGGAUCAGGAGAAGUAUGCUGAGCUAGAGUUGAAGGAAGCUUCUCUUUCUAACAAGAGAAAGCAGAGUUAAAUUAUGGCAGAGACAAGUCUGUUAGAGGCUGGGGCCUCUGCAGCCUCUACAGCUGCGGCUUUGGAGAACUUACAGGUGGAGGCAAGCUGCUCUGUGUGCCUGGAGUAUCUGAAGGAACCUGUCAUCAUUGAGUGUGGGCACAACUUCUGCAAAGCUUGCAUCACCCGCUGGUGGGAAGACCUAGAGAGGGACUUCCCUUGUCCUGUCUGUCGAAAGACAUCCCGCUACCGCAGUCUCCGACCUAAUCGGCAACUAGGCAGUAUGGUGGAAAUUGCCAAGCAGCUCCAGGCCGUCAAGCGGAAGAUCCGGGAUGAGAGCCUCUGCCCCCAACACCAUGAGGCCCUCAGCCUUUUCUGUUAUGAGGACCAGGAGGCUGUAUGCUUAAUCUGUGCAAUUUCCCACACCCACCGGGCCCACACCGUUGUGCCACUGGACGACGCUACACAGGAGUACAAGGAAAAACUGCAGAAGUGUCUGGAGCCCCUGGAACAGAAGCUGCAGGAGAUCACUCGCUGCAAGUCCUCUGAGGAAAAGAAGCCUGGUGAGCUCAAGAGACUAGUGGAAAGUCGCCGACAGCAGAUCUUAAGGGAGUUUGAAGAGCUUCAUAGGCGGCUGGAUGAAGAGCAGCAGGUGUUGCUUUCACGACUAGAAGAAGAGGAACAGGACAUUCUGCAGCGACUCCGAGAAAAUGCUGCCCACCUUGGGGACAAACGCCGUGACCUGGCCCACUUGGCUGCGGAGGUGGAGGGCAAGUGCUUACAGUCGGGCUUCGAGAUGCUUAAGGAUGUCAAAAGUACCCUGGAAAAAUGUGAGAAGGUGAAGACCAUGGAGGUGACUUCAGUAUCCAUAGAGCUGGAAAAGAACUUCAGUAAUUUCCCCCGACAGUACUUUGCCCUAAGGAAAAUCCUUAAACAGCUAAUUGCGGAUGUGACCCUGGACCCUGAGACAGCUCAUCCUAACCUAGUCCUGUCGGAGGAUCGUAAGAGCGUCAAGUUUGUGGAGACAAGACUCCGGGAUCUCCCUGACACACCAAGGCGUUUCACCUUCUAUCCUUGCGUCCUGGCUACUGAGGGUUUCACCUCAGGUCGACACUACUGGGAGGUGGAGGUGGGCGACAAGACCCACUGGGCAGUGGGUGUAUGCCGGGACUCCGUGAGCCGAAAGGGCGAGUUGACUCCACUCCCUGAGACUGGCUACUGGCGGGUGCGGCUAUGGAAUGGGGACAAAUAUGCGGCCACCACCACACCUUUUACCCCUUUGCACAUCAAAGUGAAACCCAAGCGGGUAGGCAUAUUCCUAGACUAUGAGGCCGGCACACUGUCUUUCUACAAUGUCACAGACCGCUCUCAUAUCUAUACCUUCACUGAUACUUUUACUGAGAAACUUUGGCCCCUCUUCUACCCAGGCAUCCGGGCUGGACGGAAGAAUGCUGCACCACUUACCAUCAGGCCCCCAACUGAUUGGGAGUGACAGGUUGGGAUGUGGGAAUAAUUGGGGUGAGGCAGGGUCAAGUGCUACGGGCCUCCUUCCUGUGUCCUGCUGGAACGUCUUCGUGUCCACCUGGUUCCAGUCCUGAAUCAUCAUGGAGAAACACCUCGGUUUCUAGGAUGGUUUUGUGUGGAGGGGGAGGUAGGACUGGGCUGGAUGAGACAGCACAGCUGUGACUCCCUCCUAACUGUCAGGGUGGGGAGCUGGUUCCCAGAGGAUUGUCUACCCUGGAGUCCAUCAGGUUUUCUGUUGCACAAGGACGGGUUGGAAAGGAAGGAGAGGCUUUUCCAGAAACAAAAUCUGUGAGAGUCUGACUUGCUCAAACCAGAGGAGGAAACAGAAACCCCUGCACAUCUUUUUAGGGGGUUCUUGACCCAGGAUAGUCUUGCUGCUUGAGGUAGAUCACAGGGGUCUGUGUACCUCUAAAUUCAAGAAAGAUGAAUGACAGAUGCUCUCAUGGGUCUAGAUGUUGAGUUUUUCUGAGGGCAGAGAUUGGACAUCAACAAAGCUAGAAGGAAGGUCAGGGAAGUGGGCUAAAGGAACAGAUUCGUAGAGAUUAAUGAAGGGGGGGAGGUUUCUUUGGUCUUCUAUUUUAUUUUUUUUUUUUAUUUUUUUAUUUGAGACGGAGUCUUGCUGUGUCUCCUGGGCUGGAGUGCAGUGGCCG